CGUACCAAUUCUUAUGAUGGUUGAGCUGUGCAUCUAUAAAUAAAAGUGCUUAGUAUCAUGUAGUUAGUAUACAUUCUUCAUUUAUUUCCACCUUUGCAAAAUAUAUUUUCCUAAUGGAAGCCAUCUACCAAACAUUUGAUCCUUCGCCUCUAACCAAAGAGGACUGGUCGUUGCUCAAACACGCAGCAAAAUUGGAGCAAGUAAGAGAAAUGCUGAUGAAAACAGAGCAAGAUUCGUUGCAAAGCCUAGAGCUCAUAGACACUAUCCAGCGCCUCGGCCUCUGCCAUCACUUCAAAGACGAGAUCGAAUCCAUUCUCCAUCAACAAUACUUUUCCCACACCUCCAAUGACGGCCUUCUAGAGGCUUCCCUCCGCUUCCGUCUGCUCAGGCAGCACGGAUGCAGAGUCAUUGCAGAUGACUUUUUCGGACAUUUUCUGCGGAGUGGGGAGCUGAGGCUGGAAGAUGGUCUGGUCGGUGGAGUGACGAGGGGUUUGGUGGCGAUGCACGAGGCGUCUCAUUUGAACACGGGAGGGGAGGAGAUUCUGCGCGAGGCUGCGGAGUUUAGCUCGCUGUGGCUGAAUGCGAACAGGGCCGCGAUCUGCCUCGACGACGAAGUAGAGAGAGUGGUGAAUUUUGGAUUGAGUUUUCCACAGCACAAGAUUGUGGCUGGUUUCACUGCAAAGAGUUAUCUUCAGUUUGUGGGUGAUGAUAAUCAUGUCUUGAGAGAGCUUGCAGAGUUCGAAUUCGCUUACACCGAGUCCCUCCACAAACACGAAAUCCUUCUAGUUGUAGAGUGGUGGAAGAGGCUGGGGCUGAGUGAGGAGCUGAAGUCGUCGAGGAAUCAGCCGUUAAAAUGGCAUGUGUGGUCGAUGGCGAUCCUAGGGAAUCCGAUGUUGUCGAAACAUAGAAUAAUGCUAACGAAGCCGAUAUCUCUUGUCUACGCCGUAGACGAUAUAUUUGAUCUUUAUGGCACUAUCGACGAACUCACUCAAUUCACCCACGCUGUUAAAAGAUGGGAUGUUUGUGAUGAAUUACCAAGUUAUAUGAAAACAUGCUUGAAUGCCAUUUACGAGACUACGGAAGAAAUCAGCAGCUUCGUCUAUCGAGAGCAUGGAUGGAAUCCUAGCCACUUUCUCAAAAGAGAGUGGGGGAGUUUGAUGGAUGCAUUUCUUGUGGAGGGAAAAUGGCUUAGAAAUGGUGAAGUGGUGAAGGCUGAGGAAUAUCUCAAGAAUGGAGUAAUAAGCUCAGGAGUACCUAUGGUGCUAUCUCAUCUCUUCUUACUAAUGGGAAACCCUCUCUCUCACCAAACUCAAACUCUUCUCACUGAUCCCAAUGGACUCACACAUUCCGUCGCCAAACUUCUCAGGCUUCUCGACGACUUGGGCUCCGCCAAGUUUGGUCAUUCUCACUGUGUGAUGAUAAAAUUAGGACGAGGAGCAAAUAGGGUUCGACGGAUCCUACAUAGAAUUCUACAUGAAAGAAGGGAAAGCAAAAUCGAGGGAAGAGGCGCAAGAGAAGGUGAUGAACAUGGUUUCGGAGACGUGGGAAAACAUCAACAAGUAUGGCUUCUCUUCAACGAGUUCGUUUUCUGCGGGUUUUAGAAGGGCUUGUCUCAACGCAGCGCGUAUGGUUCCGACCAUGUAUACCUAUGACGAAGAUCAUCAUCUUCCUCUUCUUCGACAUCAUCUUCAGACCAUGUUUGCCGAUCCCGCCUUCGCUAAAGCACUCCUAUCUUAAACUGUAGCUUUGUUAAUUAGUUCGCCACACAUUACUUAUGAGGCAGAAAUCACAACUUGUGAAAUAUCUGUAAUUGCACUACUUUUCCAUUA